CGUUACGGCUCGUUCUUGGCUCCAUGCUCAGCCUUCUCGUCCAGAAUUCCCAUCGCAGUCUGCAGUGCUUCCCAUAUAUAUUCGUCGGAAUAGUAUAUAGCAAGUCGCCUCUGAAACGGAUACACCUGUGCAUACACCGUCAACGAACAAUAUUGUCUUGCGAACCUCCACCUUCUUUCUGACGCGAUCGUAGACUUGCAACAUCAUGGCAAGAGAUCGGUGGGCGACCGUCCAGGUGGACAACGAAGAGGAUGUUGAACUGGGGUCGGUGAACACCCUUACGACGUCAAACCUGGACCGCUUCCUUCAAGAGGCGGAGAGCAUCACAACCGCCAUAACGACGAUAGCGCAAAACGCCCGCGACAUCCGUAGCGUGCAUCAGCGCACCCUCCUGGAGACCAGCACGAGUCAGCAAUCAGGACUAGUGCAGCAAGUAGAUGGGCUUACGGGGACCACAACCGAUCUGAUUCAAGAGACCCGCACGAGGAUCAAGCAACUAUCGGCCAUCCCGGCGUCGUCUCAAGCCGACGCGCAGAUCCAAGCCAGGCAACAAAAAGCAUUGGCCAACAAGCUCAUGACCAUCGCUCGCGACUUCCAGAAUGUUCAACAAGAAGCCAAAACCGCGUACAAAGGCCAAAUGGCAAGGCAAUACAAGAUCGCUAAGCCCAAUGCCACACAGGAUCAGAUCGACGAUGCAUUGAACGGUGAUGGGGGACCGAUCUUUCAGCAAGAACUGCUGUCGUCGCGUAUCGGUGCCCAAAGACAGGCAUUGGAAGCAGUUCAGAACCGCCAUGAGGAACUCGCCAAGAUAGAGAGGAGUAUAACUGAGCUGUUUACAUUAUUCCAAGACAUGCAAGCCCUGUUGGAUGCUCAACAAGAGCAAAUUGUGACCAUCGAGCAACACGUCGAGACCACCCAUACGAACGUGGAAGGCGGAGGAAGGGAGCUGACUAAAGCAGUCAGAAGCGCCAAAAGCGCCAGGAAGCUGAAACGCAUCUUAGCCUGCGUGCUCCUCAUCAUCCUCAUCGCGGUCGUUCUAGGCCUUCUUGCCCAUUUCGGUGUCUUCGAUAAGAAAAACAACGACUCGCAGCCCGCGCCUGCCGCAACCCCGACCGCUCUCUCCCUUUGAAGGAUACUGCUCCGUACAUCCGCGGCGCACCUUCCUUUCUUCCUAGCCUGUAUAUGUAGUACAUGUAGCAUACACCCUUAUUCUUCUCCUGUCGAAAGUUUGUAACUAGCUAGAUACCCCCAGAUUACGAACACCUGUCGUGACAGUGCGACAUGCGUCACCACUGGCUAAUAUUGAUACUAUUUCAUUACACUCGUCCAUUACCACCAUGUCGAGUUA